AACGAACACCCCGGCUGUUGUCACUUGCAGCACCGCAAAACUGUGCAAAACAAAACCUUCUCAUUGUAAACAAAUACACAAAGGACUUGAAACUAGCCGGGGGAAAUUUUCGACAACUAUCCGGGAUAAGAGUAUUAUCGAACGGAAAAUGUCCCGAUUGCACCGCGAUUACGCGAUUGGCCUAACGCGGUCGAUACUGGACGAGAUAAAGAUGGAGGUCGAAUCGCACUCACAGCCCGGUCCGUCGUCAAACAGCGGCACCAACACCACCACCAUAGACGAUGAUCUGUACGAGGAGGAAGUAACGUUGUUUGCCGAUUUCGACAUCUGCCUGGAGGUGGACGAUCCCAAUGCACACAUCAAAGUGAUCGGCAUCGACACGGAACAUCCCGUCAUACAGGUGAACGAAGAGGUGUACCGGGGGACGGUUGACUUUGCGUUCGGCACGAACGUAUUCUUCGAGAAGGACCCGAAAGCAUCCGCCACCAUAGAUCCGGUGUUCGAAAGCAACAUCAAGGACCUGUACCGGUACGUGGGCAGCACGGAUAAGGUGCUGCGCAUGAAGCGCAUAUUUGUCAACGCAAAGGAUCAACAGAAGCAGGGACAGCCGGCAACAGCUAGCGCGAUGGCGAGCGAUAGUUCCGACGAUGAGACGACCGAGGCAGAUAUGGGCAAGUACGAGGUGAACAUGACGUACGAGGACGCACUGAAUUUGCAUCUCCAGGAGGGCUGUGUCGCCAGUCGGCACAUUGCGGAAAAUUUGAACGGUGAAGCAUUGAUGCAGAAUCGCCGGAUUAAGGGCGAACCGAUGACGAUGGACGAUUGAGAGGACAUUCGGUUUUUUUUUUUCGAUGUAUGUGAUAAGUAAGAUAGUCCUACGUGUUUCAACUGCCUGUUCCGCUGCUACAAAUACACUUUUUACAUAAAAUGCAUUAAGACGGGUCUUGUCGAUAGGUUUAUUUUGUAUACGAUUUAUAUGCAAUGUAUAUGUGUAAAAAUACGCUAAACAACGAACGCUACGAAAUUUCGGGGUGGUAUUGCUUCCCUGUGUCCAUUGGAAUUACACGGUUCAGUGGGAAUCAUCGUGGGAAGAAGGGAUGUCUUUCAAGUGCGGUGGUAGAAUGGGAAGCUGCAAUAUGACUUGCCUAAAC